GGUAUAAAGGCACCCAUGAAAAUAUCAAAACGUACAUACAUCUUGCUGACAAGUUAGUCAUAAGUAAAGCCCUUCCACAAAAAAGAAAAAUAGAAAGGGGCACACGCCACGAAUAACUGGUUAAUAGAUGUCUGCCUUACCCAAAAAAAAAAAAAAAAAAGAGGGACAGACUCCGUCAUAUAAUGUGCACCACCCUACGCACAAACAUUUCUUAUCCAAGCAUAGAGCUACAGAGAAUAAGAACAAGAUGUUAGAUCUCCAGCAAAUGCUUGUUGCAAGAUCCUCAAGCUUGUUGCAGCAUUUUUGCAUGCAGCUAAUACUUCUGGCCAUUUUCUUCGUCCUCUUAUACAAAUGGUAUUCCUCAAAAAGCUCAUCAGUACCACCUUCUCCACAAAAGCUUCCUGUGAUGGGAAACCUUCACCAACUGGGUUUACACCCUCAUCGUUCACUUCAAGCCCUAGCUCAAAUCCAUGGCCCUCUCAUGCUGCUCCAUUUCGGAAGCAUGCCGGUCCUUAUUGUCUCGUCGGCCGAGGCUGCUUGCGAGAUCAUGAAAACCCACGACCUUUCAUUCUCCGACAGACCCAAGAUGGCCUUUUUCAAGAAGCUUCUCUACAAUUGCAAGGACGUUGCGACAGCACCGUAUGGUGAGUACUGGAGGCGGCUUAAGAGUAUAUGUGUCUUGAACCUCUUGAGCAACUCUAGGGUUCGAUCUUUUCGUUAUGUGAGAGAAGAAGAAACGGAGUCUAUGAUCAACAGCAUCAAGCAGUCUUGUACUCCAUCUUCAUCUUCAUCAGCCUCGUUGUCCUCUGUUUUGAAUCUAAGCGAAAUGUUUCUGAGGCUUACUAAUGACGUCAUCUGUAGAGUAGCUUUGGGGAGGAAAUACAGUGAUCGCGGGGAAGGUCGAGGGAGGAUGUUUAUGGGGCUUUCUGUAGAGUUCACAGAGUUAAUGGGGCGUGUAAAUAUCGGUGACUAUAUUCCAUGGCUUGCUUGGGUUAGCCGUGUUAAUGGCUUGGACGCUAAACUAGACAGUCUGGCUAAACGGUUCGAUGAAUUUCUGGAUAUGGUUGUUCAAGAGCAUAUGGACAGUUCAAAGGGUUCUGAAGGAGACGAGGAUGAUGGCCAUAAGGAUUUAGUGGAUGUUUUGCUUUCGGUUCAAAAAGAAAACACAGUCGGUCUUCCCAUCGAUAGAGUUAGCAUAAAGGCUAUCAUCUUGGAUAUAUUCGUGGCUGGCACCGAUACUACAUUUGGAACUUUAGAGUGGACGAUGUCUGAACUUUUCAAGCAUCCAAGUGUUAUGAAGAAAUUGCAAAGUGAGGUAAGGAGAAUAGUCGGAAACAAAAAAGACAUAAUAACAGAGGAUAAUUUGGUUGAAAUCCCCUAUUUGAAGGCAGUGAUCAAGGAGUCUCUUCGCUUGCAUCCUCCAGUUCCAUUACUAUUGCCCAGGAUUGCUACCCAAGAUGCAAAGAUAAACGGUUACAACAUUUUGUCCGGCACACAAGUACUUGUUAAUGCAUGGCAGAUUGGAAGGGAUCCCAAGUCAUACAAAGAACCAGAAGAGUUUAAACCAGAAAGAUUUAUGAACAAUGCCAUAGAUUAUAAAGGGAACGAUGGUUUCCAGUUUAUUCCAUUUGGGGCUGGUAGGAGGGGUUGUCCAGGAAUUCAGUUUGCCAUGGCUGUUCAAGAGAUUGCUUUAGCAAAUUUAAUUCACAAGUUUGAUUGGGUAUUGCCUGAUGGUGCAAGAGGGGAGGAUUUAGACAUGACUGAAGAAACUGGUCAAACUGUACAUAGAAAAUAUCCUCUUAAAGCCGUGGCUAUUCCAUAUCCUUGCCAAGGUUAAAGAACAUAUUGUAUAAUUAAGAAAUAACAAAGAGUUCAUGUGAGCUUGUCCCUAUGUUCGGUACUUCGAUCCAGUGUAUUUUAGUUCUCAUUUCUACAAAAAACAAAAGAAAGAAAAUUCAAUGCAA